CUAUGUAUCGCUUAUUUAGCGUUCGAUAUGAUUGCUACUGAGCUUUAUGCUCGAGGUGUACGCGAUGGGUGCUUCAGGCUCUACACCGUUUGAAAAUAAAAAGAGGGAGCUAAUUAAAUACAUUAACCUUGCCAUAUGUCGCGUUGACUUAUUGUCUAAUCGCUUGUCGAAUGACUUAAAUGCUACGAUCCAUGAUAUUAUACAGCAGCGUCGUGACGUUUACAUGUGUUCUGAGCAGACCAUUUAUAUAGAGAAUACCCUAGUGGUCUAUCAACAGUUGUCAAAGGAUUUGUCUACGCUAAAGAUCAGGAAGCAUCUUAUAUCAAGCAAACUUGACAAGCAGUUAGAGCCUUGUGUUGCUAAUAUAAUACACUGUGCUGACAAGUUAGAUGUUCCCGAAUUGGGGCGCAUUAGCACACUAUUGCGUAAGAUAUAUGGCAAUGAGCUUGAGUUAAAACCUACUCAGGAGUUACUAGACAAGCUUAACAGACCGGUACCUUCUAGGGCUGAGAUGUCUCAGCAGAUAGAGCGGUAUAAAAAGUUAGAGCAAUCUCGUAGUAACAUUCGUGUUGUUAAUGAGCCAACACCUUCAAUUUCCACCAAGCGGGCUGAAAUUGACGAUUUAUUGGAGCGCAUCCAGCGACUCCGUUCAUAGUUAUUUUAAGGCUAGGGUGGGGACA